CAGCUCUGGUAGCCCUUAAUAAUACCAACAACAACAACAACGACACUCGGAAGUAUUCAAAGUUUUUCUUAAUUCUGGUCAUUAUAUGAAGCUCUGGAGUAACUACCACUGUAACACUUAUGUUUGAGAGGAACCUCAGACAACCCUGGGUGCUGAGACUACUAUUCCUGCGAUGGUGACUUGUUCAAGUAGUCGUUCCUCCCAGGGGACGCUUUGUGAAGAACGUUACUUGCAGUCUUCCUGGCAGUACUUACAGUGUCAAUGCUGUAGGUUAUUCUGACAAACAUGAGGCUGGCCCUUGUAUAGUCAACACUGUAGGUCAUUGUGGCACCAGAGGCUGGCACUUGUAGUGUCAGUACUGUAGGUCAUCCUGACACCAGAGGCUGGCACCUGAAGUGUCAAUGCUGUAAGUCAUCUUGCUGCCCAAGGCUGGCACUUGUAAUGUCAAUACUGUAAGUCUUCCUGGUGCCAGAGGCUGGCACUUGUAGUGUUAGUACUGUAAGUCAUCCUGCUGCCCGAGGCUGGCACUUGUGGGCCGACAUCAGUGUUAGAAAUCUUUUCUAAGUUCUGUAAAUACUGUAAUUUAUAUAUAGUGACAACACUAGCUGCAGUGUUAGUAAUAUAACAAUGGCACUACAGUGUUAAUAAUACACUGACAACACAUUCUAGGGUGUUAAUGAUAGUGGCAACACUAACCACAGUGGUAAUAAUACAGUGACAAUAGUUGCAAUGUUAACAACCAAGUGACAACAACUACAGUGUUAAUAAUACAGUGACAACACUUGCAACAGUGUUAAUACAGUGAUAACACCAGCUACAGUGUUUAUACAGUGAUGACACUAGCAACAGUGUUUAUAGUGACAACACUAGCAACAAUGUUAAAACAGUGACAAUACUAGGAACAGUGAUAAUACAGUGACAACACUAGCAACAGAGUUAAUACAGUGAUAACACUAGCAACAGUGUUUAUACAGUGACAACACUAGCAACAAUGUUAAAACAGUGACAACACUAGCAACAGUGUUAAUACAGUGACAACACUAGCAACAGUGUUUAUAUAGUGACAACACUAGCAACAAUGUUAAAACAGUGACAACACUAGCAACAGUGUUAAUGCAGUGACAACACUAGCAGCAGUGUUAAUACAGUGACAACACUAGCAAGAGUGUUUAUACAUGAGAACACUAGCAACAAUGUUAAAACAGUGACAACACUAGCAACAGUGUUAAUACAGUGACAUUACCUGGAGUUUACCUGGAGAGAGUUCCGGGGGUCAACGCCCCUGCGGCCUGGUCUGUGACCAGGCCUCCUGGUGGAUCAGAGCCUGAUCAACCAGGCUGUUACUGCUGGCUGCACGCAAACCAACGUACGAGCCACAGCCUGGCUGGUCAGGUACCGACUUUAAGUGCUUGUCCAGUGCCAGCUUGAAGACUGCCAGGGGUCUGUUGGUAAUCCCCCUUAGCAACAGUGUUAAUACAGUGACAACACAAACAGUGUUUAUACAGUGACAACACUAGCAACAAUGUUAAAACAGUGACAACACUAGCAAUAGUGUUAAUGCAGUGACAACACUAGCAACAGUGUUUAUACAGUGACAACACUAGCAACAGUGUUAAAACAGUGAUAACACUAACAACAAUGUUAAUACAGUGACAACACUAACAACAGUGUUAAUACAGUGGCAACACUAGCAGCAGUACUAAUACACUGACAACACUAGCAACAGAGUUAAUACAAUGACAACACUUACUGUAGUUUAAGUAAUAGAGUGACAACACUUAUUGUAGUUUAAAUAAUAGUGACAACACUACAGUGACAACUAAUUACAGUUAAUGAUACAGUGACAAGUAAUUACAGAAUUAAUAAUAUUGACUGCACUGUAGGGUUAAUACAAUAACAACACUAUCUUCAGUGUUAUUAACAGUAACAACACUAGGAGUAGUAUUAAUACAGUGAUAAUACAUUGUUAAUAGUAACAACACUAACAACAAUGUUGGUAAUAUAUUUACAGUGUCUACAGCAUGGGUGAUAAAUAUUAGAGUAUCUGCUAGUGUCACCCUAUAUCUCAGAUACUAUAUUACCCUCACAAGUUUAGUGUUUGCUGUAUGUAUAAUCGAAUAUUGCAAUAAUAUUAGUUUUCAGUGUGAUAAAAAAUUUUGAAAAUCUCCUCUGGUUAAGAAGUUUAAUUAAUAUAUGAGAAUAUUAUUGUUGACUAUGUCUGAAACAUACGAUAAACAAGGUAUUGAAGCAACACACAAUACAGUUGUUCAUGUAGGAGACCAAUUAGAUCAACAUUCACACUUGCUAAAACAUUCUUUGCAACAACCUCACUCUGAAUUUGUGACCAAAUUAAUAGUUGGCAAAAAAACAUUUCAGUGUUCAGUGUGUUUAAAAGAGUUUUCUCACAAAUGUAAUUUAAUAAGUCAUAUGAGGACUCAUACAGGAGAGAAACCAUAUCAGUGUUCAAACUGUGUAAAAAACUUUUCUCAAAACUCUCAAUUAGUAAGACACAUGAGAAGUCAUACUGGAGAGAAACCAUAUAAGUGUUCAGAAUGUCUGAAAGACUUUUCUUUAAAAGCAUGCUUAGUAAGCCACAUGAGAACUCAUACUGGGGAAAAACCAUAUCAGUGUUCAGAAUGUCUGAAAGACUUUUCUAUGAAAUGUAAUUUAGUACAACAUAUGAGAACUCAUACUGGAUGGCAACCAUAUCAGUGUCCAGAAUGUCUGAAAGGCUUUUCUCAAAAAUAUAAUUUAAUACGUCACAUGAGAAGUCAUACUGGAGAGAAACCAUUUCAGUGCUCAGAAUGUCUGACAGAUUUUUCUCAUAAAUCAAGUUUAAUAAUUCACAUGAGAACUCAUUCUGGAGAGAAACCAUAUAAGUGUUCAGAAUGUCUGAAAGACUUUUCUAAAAAAUCAGGUUUAGUAAUUCAUAUGAGAAGUCAUACUGGAGAGAAACCAUAUCAGUGUUCAGAAUGUCUGAAAGACUUUUCUCAAAAAUCAAGUUUAGUAAUUCACAUGAGAAGUCAUACUGGAGAGAAACCAUAUAAGUGCUCAGAAUGUUUGAAAAGCUUUACUCAGAAGCCAUAUUUAUUAAAUCACAUAACCACUCAUACUAGAGAAAAACUAAAAGAGUGAUCAGAAUGUCCUAAAAAUUUCAGCAACAAAUCAGGUUUAGUAAAACACUCGACAACUCAUACUGGAGAGAAACCAUAUAAGUAUUCAGUGUGUUUAAAAAACAGUUUCGCUUGAAUUUAUUUUAGUAAAACAAACAAGAAUUCGUACAAGUUAGAAAUUGUAUCA